AUGUCUACUAGGCCAGGAAACUUUAAAAAUCCAUUCUCAAGACCAUGGAUGACAGAGAAUGGUGCGGCGGCUGCGGCCGGAGGUGCAGGAUCUGUUGGUUUAAAAGGCGUAGUAGCCGGUGGAAUAACUGGUGGCAUUGAAAUUUGUAUUACAUUUCCUACCGAAUAUGUAAAAACCCAACUUCAGUUAGACGAAAAAGAAUUAAAGCCAAGGGAACAGAGGGCACAGAGAAAAAAAUGGAAGAUAAACCAACAGAAUUUAAGAAGAAAGAAAAAUGAACUUAAAAUGUUACACGAAAAAGAUACGCCACCUGAAUCAGAUUCUGAAGAUCCCACAGAAGAGUCGAAUCAGCCAAACUCUUCUAAAGAACUUGUGAUUGUUUCCAAUGUUGUACUCGUGCCAAGUCGUGAAGAAAGAUCUCGCAAUAAUUUCCAAAACCAGUUUGAAGAGCAUUUGCUCCAAAAUCAAAAAAGUGAUGAGGAAGAUGAAGGAGAACGGGCGUCGUGCUCGUCACUUGAAGUUGCUAAAAUUCAAAGAUCGGAAGCAUUUUUAGCUCGUACGAACGAAGAGUUACCAAGAGAGUUACAAGACAUCAAAACUGCGAAAUUUGAAGAACAAACGUUCUGUUUGUCUCAAGAUGUUAGCAUGAUUAUAGAAACAUCGGCAAUUAAUGAUAUUAAUUCAGAUUUAGAUAUUACGCUAGAACCAUCCGAAAUUGUGAUGUUUGAGACGUCAACCCCAUUUGAGGCUGCUCCAAUUUAUGCCGAAACAUUAAUCGCUUUGCCGGGUGCUUCUACAGCAGAUAAUGAAGCUAUCUCCGAUUCAACGAAUGUGUCAAGCGUUGACCCGUUAGGUAGUGAAUUUGACGAAGCAUCUUCCAAUAUAACAGGAUUAGAAAAGGCAAAGCUAAGGGAUCCAUAUGAGAAUAUACAAAUAGGCUCCUGGGUUGUUAGAUCGAACCAAUGUCAGUUAAAGAAUACUGCCAUAAAGGGAAAAGAACAGUAUGAAGUAUCAUUUAUUAUUGCAGUGUUCAAACGUCAUUACCGUGUGCACGAAGUGUCAUUACCGUGA